AUGCUGUGGACGGCGAGUCUCUGCCUCCUCUGGGCUUUGUCCAUCCUCGGAGCUCCGGUAAACAAACAGAGACAGAAAGUGCUGCUGAUCUCCUUCGACGGUUUCCGGUGGGAUUACGACCGUGAUGUCGACACACCGAACCUCGACAAAAUGGCCAAGGAUGGAGUCAAAGCCUUAUAUGUCACACCUCCUUACCUCACCAUCACCAGUCCUACACACUUCACCCUCUUGACAGGCCGCUACAUUGAGAAUCACGGGGUAAUCCACAACAUGUGGUUCAACACAACCACCACUGAGAAGAAGCCUUACUAUCAGACUCAGUUUGUGAAUGAGUGGUGGGACAAUGGCACUCUGCCUAUCUGGAUCACAGCGCAGAGACAGGGCCUGAAAGCUGGCUCUCUUCACUUUCCUGGCACAGCUUCCAGUUACCAGGGACAGGUUGCUAUGGUGCGGGAAGUGGAGCCACUGCUUUACAACUACAAGAACGAGACUGCUUGGCGAGAGAACACAGACAAGGUGAUGGGCUGGUUCAGAGACCAGGACCUGGACUUUGUGUCCCUGUACUUUGGUGAGCCAGACGGCACAGGCCACAGAUAUGGUCCAGACUCCCCUGAGCGUCGGGAGAUGGUCAAGCAAGUUGACAGAACUGUGGGCUACAUUCGACACUCGGCUGAACAACACGGGCUGAACAACAGCCUAAACAUCAUCAUCACAGCAGACCACGGCAUGACCACGGUGUACCGCAACGGCCUGGUGGAGGAGAUCACCCUGUCUAAGAUCCCGGGCUUCUCGUUCCGUGACCUGUCAUUUCACCUGGUGGACUUCGGACCCUCCGGGAUGCUUUUGCCAAAGCCAGGCAUGCUGGAGAAGGUUUACAAUGCCUUGAAGGGCGCCCACCCACACCUCCAUGUAUACAAGAAGGAGGAGAUGCCAGAGCGCCUCCACUUUUCCAAAAACGAUCGUAUCCUGCCCAUCGUUUUAUGGGCUGACCCUGGAUAUGUCAUCAAUGGGUAUUUCCCGGUUCAGUUCCACAAGGGAGAGCACGGCUUUGACAACCAAGAGAUGGACAUGAAGCCUUUCUUCAGGGCAGUGGGUCCAGCGUUUCACAAGAACCUGGAGGUGGGACCUUUUGAGACCGUAAACAUCUACCCCUUGAUGUGUCACAUCCUGGGCAUCCAGCCGGAGGUCAACGAUGGCCACCUGAAUGCCACCAAACACAUGCUGGUUGCUAGCGCUGCUACUCAGGGUGAAAACGUGAAUUUCCUGAAAAAUGUCUUCACUGGAUUAACUGCAGUGACUGGAUUACUUGUUGUAGUUUUUAUAGUGAUGGUAUCCCACAAAAUAUUCAAGAGGAAACGCAACAAUAAAAGAUCAGGAAGUUUUAAAGAUCUUCCAGAAAAAGAAAACAAAAUACAAACUUCACUUUGA